AUGGCUCCGCGCGGAAUGGCAUGGGGGGACGUUCCGGAUCCGUGCUGCAGCGGCCAGGCGGACGGUUUCCGUCGCCACCCCACUGACUGCAGGCGAUUCUGCCUGUGCAGCAGCGGCGAUUCUCGCGGGCGCGUCUUCUAUUGCCCCGAGGGCUACGUCUUCGACGACCGCACCUCCACGUGCGCAAGUACCCACGACGUCGCAUGCCCCGGCGCUUCCGUUCCGGCGUCCGGCGCUACUGGCGGCGGUGCAUCCGGCGGUGCAUCCGGCGGUGCUUCCGGCGGUGCAUCCGGCGGUGCUUCCGGCGGUGCAUCCGGCGACGCUUCGGGCGGUGCGUCCGGCGGUGUUGGCGAGGAGGCGUCGCUGUGCGCGGGGUUGGAGGACGGCCCUCACCAGCACCCCAACGACUGCAGCCGAUCCAUCUUCUGUCUGAACGGGCGCGUGAAGAGCACCGUGAGUUGCGGCGCGCGCAUGCGAUUCAGCGACGACUCCAAGACGUGCGAGUACUCGUUCCUCGUCGACUGCCCCGCCGCCGAUGACGCCGCCGUUGCCACGUCGGAUUCCACGUCAGCGGCCGCGUGGGGAGCGACCACCGCCGGUCCCUCCCUGCCCGCUGCAUCCGUCGCCACGUCAUUCGAAGACUCUGGUCGUGGCGGUGCCUAUUCUUCUUCCUCUUCCUCCUCCUCUUCCUCACAAUCGUCGUCGAAUAUGUUCACUGCUGCAGCGGCCAUGGGGGCUGCAAAUGGUGGUCCUUCGGUCUUUGCCCCGGGGCGAAGCAAGGUUCCUGGCAAUGCGAACGGGAUUAGUAAUGGCAAUGGCAACGGGAACGGGGUUGGCAAUGGGAAUGGGAAUGGGGCUGGCAAUGGGAAUGGGAAUGAGGCCAGCAAUGGGAAUGGGGCCAGCAAUGGGAAUGGGAAUGGAGUUGGCAACGGGAAUGGGAUGGGAAAUGGCAACAUCUGGGGCAACAGUGGCAGCACAGGGAGCACGGGCAGUUCGGGCAGUUCGGGCACUUCGGGCAGUUCCAGCAGUUCGGGCUUUACAGGCAGUUGGGUCAGUCCGGGCAGCUCGGUCAGCAAGGGCAGCGUGGGCAGUGGGGGCAGCAGCAGUGGGGGUAUUGCGAGUGCGCCUGUGACCUGCUGCACCAGGAAACCCAAUGGCUACUGGCAAGACCCUACCAACUGCAGCGCCUUCUGCAUCUGUAUGCGCGGCCAAGUGGUUGCGAAGCUGCAGUGCCAGUCCCCCCUUCUCUUUAACGACAACGCCAAGGUCUGCGACACCCCUGAAAACGUCCCCUGUGCUGCCACCGGUGGGGGUGGCGAUGGGAGUGGCGGCGGCCCUACCCCCUCUCCUCCUACUUCUCCUCCCCCUCCUUCCACGCCCUCUCCCUCUCCUCUUCCCCCUUCCUCUCCCCCUAUCACUCCCUCUCCCCCCUCCUCCUCUCCCGCUCCCUCUUCCUCUCCCUCCCCCCCUCCGCCCUCCCCUCCCACUCCCCCUCCCUCUCCUCCCCUCUCUCCUCCCCCUUCUCCUCCUUCCUCUCCUCCCCCCUCGCCUCCCCCUCCCGGGUCGUGCUGCGACGGGCGCCCAGACGGAUACUUCCAGGAUGCUUCCGACUGCAGCCGCUACUGCAUCUGCGCGGGGGGAAAGCAGGCGGCGCUGCAGCGGUGCCCUGCAGGGCUGAUCUUUAACAACGACGCCAAGGUGUGCGACGGCGCGUACAACACCACGUGCAACGGCAUGACCAUCGGUGGACCGGACGGGGAGGACAAGGUGGGCGGCACACAGCCGUUCGCAGCGGACCGAACGCCCUCGCGCCUUAACCGCUACUCGCGCUACUCCUCGCUCUCCACCGCGCUCCCCACCUUCGUCGACUGGCGAGCCUCCGGUGUGCUCUCUCCCAUCCGCGACCAGGGCGUGUGCGGGGUCUGCUGGGCCUUCGCCACCACAGCGGCCGUAGAAGCGGCGGUUUCGAUUUCCAUGGCGAAUUCGCGGCUGUUUGCGGGGAGGUACCGCGGUGGGAAGUCGCGGUUCUCCGUGCAGCAGGUGGCGGACUGCACGCAGACUUCGGCUGUUGCUGCGGCGUCGAUCGGCUCCGACCCUCUAGAGAAUCUGCUCUCGAUCUGCCGGCCCGGGUGGCCAGGGGAUGCUCUGGAGUAUGUAGCAGCGCAACUGCCUGCCGUGGUGCGAUAUGAGAUGGUGCCGGCGAGUGAAGAGGCGCUGCUGUCAGCAGUGGCGGCGCAACCGGUGAUCGUGAACAUCCAGUCGCGCGUGGCUUCCUUCCUCUCCUAUGCCGGGGGCGUCUACACCGACCCUCUAUGCGACAACGGCUUGUUAGACCACUCUGUGCUGGUGGUGGGGUUUGGCACAGACCAAGCCUCUGGCACGCCCUUCUGGAUCAUCCGCAACAGCUGGGGGAACGCAUGGGGAGAGCAGGGGUAUAUGCGCAUGGCUCGAGUGGGCGGGAGGGGUACCUGCGGUAUCACCAGCAUGCCUGGGUUCUACCCUGUUACCACCAGCACAUCGCCGUGUGACAAUCCCAACCCAUGUGGGGCUGGCGAGUGUGUGGAGGACGUGAGGAGGAAGAGCAGGGGCGGGUACCGCUGCGCGAGCUGCCCUGAUGGCUACGCGGUGGUGGAGAAUUCAGACAAGUCGCAGACAUGCGUGUCAGUUGACGCCUGUUUCUCGUCCACCUUCAACCCGUGCGGUGUGGGAGAGUGCACCAACGUGGGAGACGGCACAUACACGUGCGACUGCACGGAGAACACAUGGCCCGUCGUUCGUCCCGAUGGCUCCCCCACAUGCACCAUGGGCCGAGCCUCCGCCUUCUGCCCUUCGCUCUUCACCACCUUUGCCAACGACACGUGCGAAUCUGUUGCCGCCUUUGCCCGAAUGUCUGUAGACGAUCUUCUAGAAGUCAACCCCGGGCUUAUCUGCGACAAUCUCAAGGGCGGCCAGCAGCUGUGCAUCAGCAUGAAUUUACCCUGGGCCGCACGGUGCUUGUAUGGAAAGUACACGGUUGUGCGCGGUGACACAUGCGCAGCUAUUAUCUGGAAGAAGUAUCGGCGGUCUACUCAGCUGUAUGCUUCUAUGAACGGCGGCCCGUGCGUUAACUCGAGGCUUUAUGUGGGGAUGGUGCUCUGCCUGCCCAGAUGA